GGAGGUAAAGUACAGCACAAAGUGCAUGGAAAAAAAAGCUGCAGCCACGCUGCAAUCCUCUGGGAGAAUGAAGAAAUCAUUUCAUCAGGUCUGCUCGCAGGCUGCAGAGGCAUAUCUAUGAUAAAAAAAAAGAAAAAAAAAGGAGGGCAGCACCAGCAGCAGAGCUCCUCGGUCCUGUCGGCGUGGUUCCGGCUGGAUUCGUUUUGCUGGCUGGUUGGGAACACUUAAAACGGGCGCAGAGCCUGCACAAGAAUGUGCAGUUUUCAGAGGGGCGGAGACAAGCUCGCCCCGCAUCGAUAGCGAGUAAAGAAGCGGUGGUAACAGAGGGAGGCUGACUGGACUGGGAGCUGCUGCACGAAUAGUUAGUUUACAAUAGGAAACAAUAAGCUCCUCUCUCGGUUCUUCUGGACCGCUAUGCGUAAAUGUUUUUUUUUCGGUCGCAGAGUCGAGUAGGCAUUUUUCUUUUUUCCUCCCCGGUGCUGCUGAACUAACCAGAACCGUCCACGGUGCAGUGACACCAGGAUUCUAACAAGUGACCCGCCUAACAUAGUUCUGAGUGCGGCUGUUUUGGAGCAGAGACGCAGCAGGAAAACACCGCAGGGUUCACGGUUAAAAAAAAAACGCACAGCAGCCGGAUUUUCCUGCGCGUAAUGCUGAAGAGCAGCUGUUUCCCGGUGGAGUGGCCAUGAAAAGUGGACAGUCUGGUUUGUUUUCUCCAUCCAUUUCCAGCCCGCAUGGAACAAAGUGUGCUUUAUGAAACAUAACCUGUGCCCUGAGGUGGAUCCAGGCGCUCUGUCACCGCUGGAGGUUUGUAUGUCUUAACAUUUCCAGUCCAGCGUCCAUCUCUCCCGAAAUCAUCAUGAGGACCACGGAGGAGUCAGAGGGCUUUGACGGCGAGGCCUCCAACACUUCCAUGAUCUCCGGGGCCAGCAGCCCCUAUCAACCCACCACCGAGCCAGUCCACGCCAGGAACGUUUUAGGGGGGAUAAGGUGCGACAUGGAGUACCUCAAGUCGUACUUCGGGAUUUUAAAGGUGGUUGAAGUGGUCCUUUCACUUAUUGGAUUCAUCUGCAUAGAGACUAUCAUGAUGUGUUCUCCCUGUGGAGGGGUCUACUUCUUUGAGUUCGUGAGCUGCAGUGCCUCCGUUGUGACGGGAGUCCUCCUCCUGAUCUUCAGCCUCAACCUGCACACCAAGGUGCCCCACGUCAACUGGAGCCUAACGGACCUGGUUAACACCGCGGCCAGCACCUUUUUCUUCUUCUUGUCGUCUCUUGUGCUGGCCUGCAUCAACCACAACACUGGAGCUGAAAUAGCAGCAGUGAUCUUUGGCUUCCUGGUGACAGGUGUGUAUGGAAUAAACACCUACCUGGCAGUACGGAAGUGGCGUCUUGCCAAUGGCUGUCCGGGGGCGGCUCAGACCAGCGAGUACAUACGAGCACGCACUGCGUCUCGUGGAGAAAUGGAGGCGAGGCCGGAGCUCGCGUGAGUGCUGGCAGACAGUCAUACGGACUACGGUAAAGCCACACUACCGGCAGCUGAGUGAGAUGGAGCCUCGAGAUGGAAACAGUAUUUCAUUCAAGUCUUGAGUGGAAGUGGCUAUCUCAAGCUCACCGCAUGCUUUUGACUUCUGAUCACAGCACCUCGCUGAAAACAUUUCACAGCCACGGAUGAGCUCCGUGGCUUCAGUGACACAUAAAGACUCUAAACUGAAGAGCCCUGAAGAUAUUCUCUGUCAAACUUUUCAUCCACACACAUCUUUAUAAAUCAGCGUGAAGGAUGAUUUCCACAAAGAACCAAAAGAGAAGACUGGCAUCACUCCAGCUGUGCACCGACUCCUCUUCUGGCGUAGCUGUUGACUUUUUAGACGGUUUUGUGUUUCACUGUGAACGAAGUCAAGGAAAAGAAGGUCAGAUAUUUGUACAGUCUGCUUAUUUCACGCUGCUUUCCUGUAAAGUCUGUGGUAAUAAAUGUGAUCAUGGGCCCAGGAAGCCACUGGACCAACGGCACACUGCAACCUGCAGUACAACAGAAGCACCAUGACUUUACUGUUCUUUUCUUUGAUACUGACAUCAGCCUUUGGCUUCUACUGUACCUGUGAGCAAGGCUGACAUUAGAUAUUUGAAUCUAAAGAUUACACAUGCUGAUUUAAAGAGUUUCCUUUACAACUCAACAAAAUGCCUUUUGUGACAGCUAGUCGCUAUUGAGACGUGUCCUGCCAGCAAUCAUACAGAAACAGCACAGGGUCAUUCCUAACUGCAAUAAAGACGAGGUGAAGUUUGAGAUCUCUGCAUCACGGAUGCACCCAGUGGGUUUGACACAAUUUUGAGACCAAACUUAGACAUUCUUAACGCUUCAUUCCUUCGAUUUUUAUCCCAGGUCAUCUGUAAACUAUCCAAAAAAAAAAAAAUCUUCACACUUGCAUUCUUUUUGAGGUGUGUGUUAGAUCAGCACUGUGAGGCAAGAGUAGGUUGUAUCAGGCGAUGAUAAGGCAAUUGGUAUCUUGUUACUUUUGCACAUAUCCAAGGCUUCAGGUAACACGAACGCUGAUGGAACAGCAGUGAGAUUCAUUUGGAAACAAACAUCAGUAGGUGACCUGAUCAAGAUCAAUGCCAUUAGCCUAUACACUGUAUCUCAGGUAUUGACGCACUCCUUUCAGUCUUUGAUUCUCCAAAAAAAAA